CGAACGACCGAGCAAACUAGACAUCCAGUGUUAUUGCGAUAGUAAGGGAAAGAGGAAGGAUUAACUUUUUGGACAGAUUGGGAUAUAAUGCCGGUUACGAAAUGAUCUUGCAGCAUUUCAAACCUAGCUAGCACCGACCGAUUUUAUUGCUAGCCAGCUGCAGUAAUUCUAACGUUACUCCUUGAAGUCUUGACUUCACUUUGGGUUGACAAGAACAAAAACACACAAUCCCAAGCAACGGCUGGGCGUGUACGAUGGAUUACGAGCGGCCGAACGUAGAGACCAUCAAGUGUGUCGUGGUGGGGGACAAUGCCGUGGGGAAGACGCGGCUCAUCUGUGCCCGCGCCUGCAACACCACGCUGACCCAGUACCAGCUGCUGGCCACCCACGUGCCCACCGUCUGGGCCAUCGACCAGUACCGCGUGUGCCAGGAGGUGUUGGAGCGGUCCAGAGAUGUGGUGGACGAGGUGAGCGUGUCCCUGCGACUGUGGGACACGUUUGGAGACCACCACAAAGACAGACGAUUCGCCUACGGCAGGUCAGACGUGGUGGUCCUGUGCUUCUCCAUCGCCAACCCCCACUCGCUGCACCACGUCAAGACCAUGUGGUACCUGGAGAUCAAGCACUUCUGCCCGCGGACGCCCGUCAUCCUGGUGGGCUGCCAGCUGGACCUGCGCUACGCCGACCUGGAGGCCGUCAACCGCGCCAGACGGCCCCUGGCCAGGCCCAUCAAGCCUGGGGACAUCCUGCCCCCAGAGAGUGGCCGAGAGGUGGCCAAGGAGCUGGGCAUCCCGUACUACGAGACCAGCGUCUUCGACCAGUUCGGCAUCAAGGACAUCUUCGACAACGCCAUCCGCGCCGCCCUCAUCUCCCGCCGCCACCUGCAGUUCUGGAAGUCGCACCUGCGCAAGGUGCAGAAGCCCCUCCUCCAGGCGCCCUUCCUGCCGCCCAAGGCUCCGCCCCCGCUCAUCAAGAUCCCCGAGGGGCCGGCCGUGGGCCCCUCGGGGGACCGCGAGGGCCCGCGGCAGCUGCUGGACAGCCCGCUGUGCGCCGACGUGGUCUUCGUGCUCCAGGAGCACGCCCGAGUCUUCGCCCACCGCAUCUACCUGUCCACGUCGUCCUCCAAGUUCUACGACCUCUUCCAGAUGGACCUGUCCGAGGAGUCCCAAUGCCUGGUCGUCACCGACCGCUUCCGAGGCUCCCACCUGAUGCGCACGCUGAGCCUGGACACGGAGGAGGAGGCGUCGGCCCACGCCGACCAGUCGCCGUGCUCGCUGCGCGCCUCCAAGAGCGACGGAACCCUCCGCGUGGUCAGCUUCAGCGGCAAGCACCGGCGCACCAAGCUCUCGCUGGCCUCCUGGAGCAAGGCCUUCUACAGCAUCCACCGCGAGGCCGCCGUGGCCAACCCGGCGACCGGCCGCUCCGCGCCCAUGACCGUGGUCAAGAUGGACGCCUCCAUCCAGAUGGGCCCGUUCGGCGCCGUGCUGCGCUUCCUGUACACCGGCGAGCUGGACGAGGACGAGCCCGACCUCAUGAAGGUGGCGCAGAUCGCCGAGAUCCUGGAGGUGUUCGACCUGCGCAUGAUGGUGGAGAACAUCAUGAACAAGGAGGCCUUCAUGAACCAGGAGAUCACCAAGGCCUUCCACGUCAGGAAGGCCAACCGCAUCAAGGAGUGUCUCACCAAGAACAAGUUCACAGACGUGGUGUUCAGUUUGGACGACGGCACCAUCAACGCCCACAAGCCUUUGCUCAUCUCCAGCUGCGACUGGAUGGCGGCGCUGUUCGGCGGGUCCUUCAUGGAGAGCUCCAACAACGAGGUGUCCAUCCCCAGCACCAGUCGUGCGUGCAUGCAGGGCGUGCUGGAGUACCUGUACACCAAUCAGCUCCCCAUGGCUGAGCUGGACCCCAUGGAGCUCAUCGCGCUGGCCAACAGACUGUGCCUACCCCGCCUCAUCGCUCUCACAGAACAGUAUGCUGUGACUGAACUGGUGAAAGGCUCUCGAGACGGUCAGGAUAUUGACGGAGAGGUGUUGACCUACCUGGAGCUGGCUCAGUUCCACAAUGCUAACCAGUUAGCAGCCUGGUGCUUGCAUCACAUCUGUACACAUUACAACAGCGUUUGUGCCAAUUACCGCAAAGAAAUCAAGUCCAAGUCACUAGAGAACCAGGAGUACUUUGAGAAGCACCGCUGGCCGCCGGUGUGGUACCUGAAGGAGGAGGACCACUACCAGCGCAUGAAGAAGGAGCGCGAGAAGGAGGACGUGGUCCUCAACAAGCACCACUCCCGCCGACGCUGGUGCUUCUGGCGCGCCUCCCCCGCCGUAGGGUGA